AUGGGACAAGUUGUGCCUGAGACGGAUGAUGACAUAUUCUGUAGCCACUUCAUGAAACAGGAGGAGUGUCUGCGGCAUUUGCCAACGGAGGCCGAAGCUCUGAAGAAUUUCUUGAAGGAGCUGCAGAAUGCCCCCGUACCACAGCCAGGUUCCUUCGAAGGCAGAGGGAUUGUCAUGAGCGGAGGUCCCAUGCACGUGCUACAGGCCUUGGCAAACUUGGAGGUGCUCCGCAUGGAGCUCAAGUCCGGCAUGCCUGUAGAGUUCUGGCAUGCUUUCGAACUAGAACCUGCUCACUGCGAAGCCUUGGCCUCGCGCGGUGCCGAAUGUCGCCAACUUCAGGUGCCGGGGGUUUACCGCCAGUUUGAGACCGUUCUGCCGUCCAUCAUGGCAUCCUCCUUCCGGGAAAUCUUGUGGCUUGAUACCGACAUCACGCUGCUGUACAGACCAGAGGAGCUCUUCGAUUCACCUCAAUAUCAGAGUACUGGCGCACUGUUCUGGCCAGACCACUGGUCCUACGACUGCCCACUGUGGGGAGAAAGCUCGUGGCCGGGUCAUGUGGCUUUGAAGCUGCUGCAAUUGAAGCACAACGCCUCGGACAUGCAGUAUGCGCAGGAGCACGAGACCGGCCACUUCCUUAUCAAUCGGGAGAGACACUGGAAGCCCAUCUGCUUAGCCAACUACAUGGCAUCACGGGACUUUUUCACUCGCGUCCUCCACGGAUACAAGGAUGUCUUCCGCCUGGCUUUUCUUAAGCUGAAUGCAUCAAACUGGCUCAGCCCCGUGCGACCCGGCCUUGUUGGAGGCUUUUUGAACAAUGGGCUUUUCUUCCCGCAAGCUUUGAUGCAGUUUUGGCCAGCCGGAGAUCUGUUUGGAACAGGUCCGCAUGGACGAAAUGUUCCCCUUUACAUUCACCAGAAGAAGGAACCUGGGAACCUGUGGAUGGAUGUUCUGACCUUUGAGACGCCGCUGGGAACCUGCAGCUCCUACACGAUGCUACCAUUUGAUGCGCUCAAGCCUGGCGACUGGAAUCUGUGGCUUGUAGGCGACACAGACGUCCAACUCGCAGAAAGGAUCACUACUGCGGAUCUGCUGUGGGACGUGGCCUACAAAGAAGCCCGUGAUAGCUUGCUGCCUCUACUGUCAGAAGAAGACCAAGCAAAGCUGCUCCCGAAGAAAAGCGCUUCAGCUAACAGCGACUGGCAUCGCAAUGUGGAAGGAUGCCGCUGCAACUACGAUGACAACCUCGUUUUGUUCGUGUUGACAGUCCUUUCGGUUGAUACAGAAAUGCGGUUCGAGAUUUUCCCCACAGCACUGUGCGAUCCGAUUCUGCUGGGAUUUGACUGGGAGUCGUGCCCAAUUGGCUUCACGGCGCUGGCGGUCCUCUGCUCACAGCACCUGAUGCACGAGGAUACAGAAAAAGCGGCGGUGGCGAAAGAAGCACUUACCAAGCUGGUGCCUUCAGUGGAACAAUGCCUCGCAAAGACGGUGUGGCCGCUGAAGCUCGAGGACUUGCAGCAGUUUGUGAAUGGCACUGCCAGCGACUACCCUGGAGACUUCAAGCUGCAGCCAGAGAAGGUGGCACUGCUUGGCGCAUCGGUCCAACGUUGCCUUCCGCUGAGCAUGAGCUGCUGGACUCCAAGAAAUCGGUGGCAAGAGCGUGACCAUCGACACCAAUUCGUGAUCAAGGAUAUGGAAUUGGCCGAUGAGCCCUCCUACGCAUCUAAUGAUGGACGUCGCAGCAGAGGCCCGGACGAACUCAACGCCGCACCCGAAGCCAUCGUCACACCCUCGAGUUCCGAGUCGGGCAGCAGCAGCGACGAAGACGAGGAGGUCCUCGUCUUUUCCCUGGCGAUUGGCGCCAACAUCUCCGACGGCAACAGAACCGAUCCCAGUUACCAUGGCAUCAUAAUUGAUGCUGGUUCCAGUGGCUCUAGGGCCUGGGUAUUCGCUUGGCCGGCGCAGAAGUGCGACUUUAAUGCGCCGUUUCCUGUCACCAUACCUUCUGUCGUCGCCUCCCAGACGGUCCAUCGUGGGUUGGCAACGCUGGGCACGACCAAGCUCAAUGAAACGCUGCAAGAGCUAUUGAGCUUCGCGGAAGGUGUUCUGAAAGAUCGGGAGGACGACUGGUCCGAAUUCCCUGUGUACCUUUUUGCCACUGCUGGCUUUCGGCGGAUGCGGCCCGAUCAGCGCGAAGGAAUGCUGCAGACCGUCAGGGCGGUCCUCUCAGAGAGCUCCUUCCAUUCGGAGCCUGAUUUCGUGAGGAUACUUAGCGGAGAAGAGGAAGGGGCGUUUGGCUGGCUGGCUGUGAAUGCUGAGAAGGGACUCCUAGAGGAUGCCAGCAAAAAAUCCUUGGGCGUCCUCGACCUCGGCGGGGCGUCCAUGCAGAUAACGUUCGUGCCAGAGGACGACAGGUCAGUGCUACAGCACUCCUUCCCAGUGCAUCUGCAGGGGCGACAGAGCUACCUGUACUCUGCCUCCUACCUUCAGUUUGGAUUGCGGGAAGCACAGCGACUGCUACAGCGGCAGCUCAUCGCGCGAGCACUGGUGGCUGAGACCACCUCGAUCCUGGAGCACCCGUGUAUGCCAAGGGGAAGCAACAUCUCCGAGCUGCUGAUUGGCGAAGAGCCGGAAGAGCACAGCAAUCUCAGCGGCAACAGCUCUGAGCAUGGUGCUUCCCCACUGCGAGCGACAUGGUACGGCAAGGGACUGUACGAAGACUGCGCAGAGAAAAUCGCAGAGCUGUUCGACAAGAAUGCUCCAUGCUAUUUGCCACAUUGCACCUUCAAUGGCCGAUACCAGCCGACUUUAGGCAGCCGGCGCUUCUUGGCCUUCUCGGCCUUUAGCUGGGUUGUGGAAGCUUUGGGCCUCCCGGCGGAAGCCACGGCCUUGGAGGACAUCGAGACUGCGGCCAGGUACGUUUGCAAGAUGGACUGGGCUAUGCUUCAUGAACGAUGGCAACGCCUCGAUGAACAGGCCUUGCAAUCCUUCUGCUUUUCUGCAACGUAUGUGGUAGUGCUCCUGCAUCAUGGCCUGGGCUUUGACAAGAAGAGUCACCAGAUUCUCUUCACUCAGGCACAGGAUCGAGGCAACAUCAGCUGGGCACGGGGAGCCAUCAUCUGGGAGGUCAACAACCGCUUUAGCCAUCAUCAGCCGCUUUGCAAGAUGGACUUUCCGGAGAUCACAAGCUUUGCUGACAAAGCCAUGUGUGCAGCAGGCGCGCGAGCUGUGGCAGCCAUGGCCGCCAUGCAAAGAGGCGCCGCGCCCAAGCGUCGGGCUGCCCAGCGUCGAGCCGCGCGAAUCCAGGACACAGGUGGCACUGGCAAAGCCCAUGCCAGCGACAGCCAGGAGAAUGAAAACCAAGAAGUGAACCAGCCAAAGCAGCCAGAUGAGAGGAAAGAUCGAAGCCAAAGUUGUUGGAGGUCUUCCGGCAAGAAGCGAGUCGCGUCUCGGUCGCCAAGCCAACGCAGCAAAACCGAAGAGGUUAGCAGCCACAGCUGCAAAAGUCGCAAAAGCGACACUUCUCGUAAAAAAGAAGAUUCGAACGACGAGGCGGAGGAAAAAGCUAGCAAGGCAUCCAGAAAAAAGCGCAAAAAAGAGAAAAAGAGACACAAGUCUUCAACCAAAGCAGCCAAGAAGCCACCAGCUGGUUUUUCAGGUUGGUGGCAGCAGCAAGUUUUGCUUCAGCAGCAGUGGGCUGCCUACUUUGCGAAACAGCGUGGGCUGCACGCGCAGCAGGCACCCAAUGCAGUGCCAAAUGGCGCAUACGGGGCACCGUCUACAGGACGGCCUGCAACCCAUGCGCCACCACCACUACCACCGCCAGCUGCAACACCCCCAUCAACAACGGCCUCAGCAGUUCCAGAACCUGCUUCACCCAAACGCCGCUCGCGUAGCCGCAGCUGCAGCGUGGAAGCAGAGCAGAUGGCAGUGGAGGACCCCUAUCUCGUCUUUGACGAGACGGAGCCAGAUGCAGAGCCGGACACCCCCGCUCCAGCACCCACAGCUCACACUGAAGGUAUCACUGCGACCACAGCUUCCCCAGCACCUGCACCCGCGACAUUUUCACCUCCAACUCCCCUCCCACCGCCGCCUCCAGCCCCACCACCGCCAAAGUCAAUUUUCGACACAGCAAUGCAAUCAGAGAUGGAAGCCGUGCGCCGGGCAAGAGCCCUGAAGCGACACGACCGGGAUGCCGACGGCGCCGCGGCACAGGCCAUGGCUAUAGAAGCCGCAGCCGCUGCCAUCGCCAAUGGCGGCACGUUUCCUGCGACAGGCUUUCCAGCUCCCAUGGAAAGCCACUUCCAAACUGUGGUUGCUUCGAAAUUGAAACGGGCACAGACCCGCCUUGUCAGGCACUCUGUGCAUGAUGGCAAGAUGAAGGUCGGUUUGCAAAUGCAGACAGUGUCGGCGGUGGUGGUGGUGGCGGCGUUCAUCCCAAAUCCGUAUUUACACAAGGCAGCUAGGGAACCAACACACGCGCCUCCUUCUGUGUUGCGUUUGAGACAAAAGCUGCAGCAGCCACAGCCACCACAGCAAGCCCAGCCAGAAGAAGCCUGGGGUGCGGAUGAGUGGGAUGGCGAAGAUCACGCCCAAGACACCUGGCAAGCUCAACAGGAAGAGCCAGUCGAAGCAGACGGGGGUGCACACCAGGACUCAUGGCAAGCACAUCAAUUCUCGCCAGAAGAAGACUACACCCAGGACUCAGGGUACGAGGAGCCAGAAACUCAAGCCCAGCCGGAAGAGGACAUGGCUCCGGACCAUGUGGAGGACCAACAGGACGCUCAGGAGGCAUGGGACGAUCAACUCGCCGCAGAGGACCCGAAGGACAAUGCGGAGCCAUGGCAGGAUGAGACCUGGUCAGAAUGGCAAAACGAGGAAUGGCGGGAGAGCUGGCAACAAAGAAAGCAAAAGUGGCGAGACAAGCGCUGGCGGGACAAUCGCGAAUGGUCAGAUGAAGGGCAGUGGCCAGAGCAGCCCGAGCAGGAUGCAGGGCCCAAGCAGCGUGUCGGUCGUUUGCGCUCUUGGCGAUUUCAGAAGCUUAGGUGUCAAAAUAAAGUAUCGAGUCAAAAGUUUGAGGAAUGCAGCCUGGCACUGCGGCUUUACGAGCGCUUGAAGAACGGUGAGGACCUGCGGCCCAGCCAGCGAGAAGCCACGGAGCUUCCAGCAGCAAUCCGAUCUUCCAACUCGAAGCCGAACCUCCGGCUUCAUGCGCCUAUUCCACACGCAAAAAUCCCCCCGCCGCCACUAGCACCCUGCACAGCACUCCCUGCGGGCACGGAGGCUCGGGCCGCACAAACCGCAAAGUCUAUUCCCCGAAACCACCCAUCAAGAAAUGCCACCGCUCCAGACACAACCCUUGCUCCACGGAAACUUUCCACCCCACCAGACACGACUUUCGAUUUCAUUGAAGAGUCCGUUGUUCCCGAGACACCAGCACCUGCAACCCACUCGUUACCUCGGAGAGCGAUGCGUGGUAUUGAUACCACCGAGGUCGAGCCCGGCGCUGGGCUCCUGGAAGAGUCAGAGGAGGUCGGACUUGAAGCGUCACGUCGUAGACUGUGA